AUGGAAACUAGCUCACUCAAAGUAGAGAUCAGUGCACAGGUAACGUCUCAAGGUCUGUCCUUAGGGUUAUUAAACUCUGUCUUGAUUAGUCAAUGUCGGGAAAUCGAAGAGGUUCUCGUAGACGAGAGUGACGAUGGGAACAUAACGAGUCUCGGCUCUUACCCCGAUUCUUCUGUUCGUGCCCAACUAUCCCUUCUCAGGUUCAAAGACUUCGAACCAACCACAGUUCAUCAGCAAAUCAAGACCCGCUUCAACGACCCUGUCUUAUCCCGACUUAUCACCGAUCAGAUUGUUCUCGACUCACAACGGAAAGACUUGCCGCAAGGACCCUUGUUGAUCACGGUAUUCCUCAAAUUUACAAAGAAAGAGUACAUUGUCGCUCCUUUUAGUUGCUCCUUGGACGACAGCGAAAGUAGAAGGAUCUUGUGCGAUUUGUCUAGAGGAGAUGUCUGA